CCGGGGGCGGGGGCGCCGGAGCGGCGCAUGCGCGCUGCAUUGUUUUGACUGAAAAUGCCGUCGGUUUCGAAAGCGGCGGCGGCGGCGGCGGCGCUGAGCGGGUCCCCCCCGCAGACUGAGAAGCCGACCCAUUACAGGUACCUGAAGGAGUUCAGGACGGAGCAGUGCCCCCUGUUUUCACAGCACAAGUGCGCGCAGCACAGGCCGUUCACCUGCUUCCACUGGCACUUCCUCAACCAGCGGCGCCGCAGGCCCCUCCGCAGGCGCGACGGCACCUUCAACUACAGCCCCGACGUGUACUGCUCCAAGUACAACGAGGCCACCGGCGUGUGCCCCGACGGCGACGAGUGUCCCUACCUGCACCGGACGACGGGGGACACGGAGCGCAAGUACCACCUGCGCUACUAUAAGACAGGAACCUGCAUCCACGAGACGGACGCGAGGGGCCACUGCGUGAAGAACGGGCUGCACUGUGCCUUUGCACACGGCCCCCUGGACCUGCGGCCCCCCGUGUGUGACGUCAGGGAGCUGCAGGCCCAGGAAGCCUUGCAGAACGGCCAGCUGGGCAGCGGGGACGGCAUCCCGGAUCUGCAGCCUGGGGUUUUGGCCAGCCAGGCCAUGAUUGAGAAGAUCCUGAGUGAAGACCCCAGAUGGCAAGAUGCCAACUUUGUGCUGGGCAGCUACAAGACGGAGCAGUGCCCGAAGCCACCACGCCUGUGCCGCCAGGGCUAUGCGUGCCCGCACUACCACAACAGCAGGGACAGGCGGCGCAACCCCCGGACCUUCCAGUACAGGUCCACGCCCUGCCCCAGCGUGAAGCACGGGGAUGAGUGGGGGGAGCCCUCGCGCUGCGACGGCGGUGACAGCUGCCAGUAUUGCCACUCCCGCACAGAGCAGCAGUUCCACCCCGAGAUCUACAAAUCUACGAAAUGCAACGACAUUCGCCAAACCGGGUACUGCCCGCGCGGCCCCUUCUGCGCCUUUGCACACGUGGAGAAGAGCCUGGGGAUGGUGAAUGACUGGGGCUGCCGCGAUCUCCACCCUGGGAGUCCCUCCACCGGCAGCAGCCAGCCGGGUAACGCCAAGCGGAGAGACUUGCCAGCCGAGGGUGGCCUGAAGGCCAGUGAGCAGGACAGCAAGCAGAACCACCUGGCCGUGUUUGCAGCGGUCCACCCGCCGACCCCCAGCGUGAGCUCCAGUGUGGCGUCCAGCCUGGCGUCCAGCGCUGGCUCCGGCAGCUCCUCCCCCACCGCGCUGCCCGUGCCCGCUGCCCGCACCCUCCCGCUCCGCCCCGCCGGCAGCACCGUGGAGGCCAUCCUUGGUUCUGCGUUAGAUCUACAUCUUAGUGAUGUGAAUAUUGCAUCCCUAGAGAAGGAUCUGGAAGAGCAAGACGGACACGACCUGGGACCAGCAGGUCCCAGGUUGCUGGCUGGCUCUGCGCCUGUCGCCAUCCCCGGCUCCCUGCCCCGAGCACCGUCAGUGCACUCGCCAUCCUCUGCGUCCACCUCGCCGCUCAGCUCGCUGUCCCAGCCCCUGCCGGGGCCCUCAGGCUCCUCGGCCAUGACGCCCCCCCAGCAGCCGCCGCCCCUGCGCUCAGAGCCGGGGACACUGGGCUCCGCAGCCUCAUCGUACAGCCCCUUAGGUUUGAACGGUGUCCCUGGGAGCAUCUGGGACUUUGUUUCCGGCAGCUUCUCCCCCAGCCCAUCCCACAUCCUGAGCUCCGGACCCUCGUCCUCUUCGGGUGCAAGUCCAAACGGGGCUGAGCUGGCCCGGGUCAGGCGGCAGCUGGAUGAGGCCAAGAGGAAGAUCCGGCAGUGGGAGGAGUCCUGGCAGCAGGUGAAGCAGGCCUGCGACGCGUGGCAGCGGGAGGCGCAGAAGGCCAAGGAGCGUGCCCGUGUGGCGGACAGCGACCGGCAGCUGGCACUGCAGAAGAAGGAGGAGGUGGAGGCGCAGGUGAAGCAACUGCAGGAGGAGCUGGAAGGCCUGGGCGUGGCCUCCGCGCUGCCGGGGCUGCGUGGCUGCGGCGACAUCGGCGCCAUUCCUCUGCAGAAGCUGCAUUCGCUGCAGAGUCAGCUGCGCCUGGACCUGGAGGCGGUGGAUGGCGUGAUCUUCCAGCUUCGCGCCAAACAGUGUGUGGCCUGCCGGGAACGAGCCCGCGGUGCCAUCCUGCGGCCCUGUCAGCACCGUGUCCUAUGCGAGCCCUGCGCAGCCAGCGCGCCUGAGUGCCCCUACUGCGAGGGCCAGCCCCUGCGGUGGUGACCUCAGCAGGGACAGCUGCCUCCUGGUGGGCACCCUGGCUCCAGUGCUCCUCGUGACCACAGCCACGUUGUC